AUGGGAAAUCAGAACGAGAUUGUUAACGUUGCUGGGGCUUCAAACCCUGCAGCCGAAUGGGUUGUUGAUGCUCAAGAUUUGACUGAUCAGGAACAUUCUUUGAACUUGUUCCAAGCCCUGAAGCUCUAUCCAAAGGCUGUCUUCUGGAGUAUGGUUAUGUCGACUGCCAUUAUUAUGGAUGGCUAUGAUACCAUGUUGAUGGGAAAUCUCCUCGCUCAGCCAGCAUUCCAAAAGCAUUAUGGCAUCCCCGCAAAAGCAGGCAAGUACGAGAUUCCAGCAGCAUGGCAGUCAGGCCUCAAUCAAGGCUCUGCCUGUGGACAAAUUAUCGGUCUUCUCGCCGCUGGAUAUAUAAGUGAAUAUAUCGGGUUCCGCAAGACAAUGUCUAUUGGCCUCUUAGCCACGAUCGCCCUUAUCUUCAUUCCUUUUUUUGCUCCAAGUCUCGCUGUUCUUGAAGUUGGACAAGUUAUUUUUGGUAUUCCAUUGGGUCUUUUCCAAACAGUCCCUGUCGUUUAUGCCAUGGAAGUAUCGCCAAUGUGUCUUCGCCCAUACCUUACGACUUAUAUCAAUUUUUGCUGGGCUAUUGGCCACCUUAUUGGGUCUGGCAUUCUUCGCGGCAGUUUGUCAAUUAGUGGUGAAUGGGGUUUCAGAGUCCCAUUUGCAAUUCAAUGGGUAUGGCCGGUUGUUCUGCUUCCUCUUAUCUUUUUCGCCCCUGAGUCACCCUGGUGGCUUGUUCGAAAAGGUCGCAUGGAGGAGGCCGGUAAUGAGCUCAAAAGGCUUACUUCAGCCCGUAACGAGGGAUUCGAUAUCCAGAAGAACAUUAAUUUGAUUGCUUUUACCAUCGAACACGAGCGUGCGCUUAGCUCAGAGACAUCCUACAUGGCUUGCUUCAAGGGAACAGAUCUCAAAAGAACUUUGAUCGGUAUUGGAAUCUACUGCAUUCAAACACUGAGUGGAAAUCCUCUCCGUGGUUAUUCGACAUAUUUCAUGGAAGAGGCCGGUCUUGCAAGCACUAUGUCCUUCGAUAUGACUAUCGUGAACUAUUCAUUGGCGCUUCUCGGCAGCUUCUUUUCGUGGGUCCUCCUACCUAUUUAUGGUCGCCGAUCAAUUUACUUCUGGAGUCUUGUGAUGAUGUUUGUGCUGAUGAUUUUGAUUGGAGCCCUUGGUGUUCCUCAAGCCAAAUCCGAUAAUUCUUCCUACUCUUGGGCCAUCGGAGCUAUUCUGAUCAUUUCUUCAUUCCUCUACAACUGCUCAAUGGGCCCUCUUACGAAUACACUCUGCGCUGAGAUCCCUACGGCUUUACUUCGCAGCAAAUCUAUCGUUUUAGCACGUGCUACAUACUCCGUGAGCACUAUUGUUGCCGGUAUCCUUACAACUUACCAGCUUAAUAGCACCGCAUGGAACUGGGGUGCCAAGACCGGCUUUUUCUGGGCUGGAGGUUGCUUGAUCUCUGCAAUUUUUGCCUACUUCUUCGUUCCAGAAUCCAAAAAUCGGACUGUGGCAGAAAUGGACAUUCUUUUCGAGAAAAAGGUUUCGCUACGACACUUCGCUGAGACACGUGUUGACUUGACCACCGCUACUGAGAAGACGGAACAAAAUUGA